AUGGAUUCCAAGAUGCCGUCUUCUGCUGCCCUUUUCGUAGUAUUUAACCUUAUGUUUUUUGUUCUUGGCAAUGGAUGCAACAGUCCAAUGCCAAAACCUAGUCCAAAUCCAAACCCUUCCAUGGGUAGCUGCCCUAGGGAUGCCCUAAAACUUGGUGUAUGCGCAAAGUUGCUCAAUGGAAGUAUUGGAACAGUCGUGGGGAACCCACCGGACCACCCGUGUUGCUCCGUACUAGGUGGACUUUUGGACCUUGAAGUUGCUGUUUGCCUUUGCACUGCAUUGAAAGCAAACAUUCUUGGCAUUAACCUUAACAUUCCUAUUGCAUUGAGUGUUCUUAUUAAUACUUGUGGGAAGAAAUUGCCCUCUGAUUUCAUUUGUGCCUAA